GCUUUGACCCAGUCGACCACUGCUGCUCCCAAUCUUUCCCAAGGCAUUUCCAGCUUCCUUCCAACGCGCCGACUCGCAGGUCCCUGACGUUCGCACCCGGUUUCCAUAGCCAGACAUAACAUCUCCGUUCUGCCGUGUCCAGAGCCACCGUGUUUUCGCUGCAACCAUCGUCCAUGGUAUCGUUUCGCCAUGUUUCCUUCCCUUUCUUCCUAUGCCUUCUCUUCCUCAUAUUACUUUCCCCUCCCACUGCCAGCAAUCCCCUCUACACCCAGUGUGGCACCACCGGCAACUACACCGCCAACAGCACCUAUGAGUCCAACCUCAUGAACCUCCUCCUCCCUUCCCUAGCCUCCAACACUUCUCUCUCCGGUGGCUUCCUCAACGCCACUGUCGGCCAGAUCCCAGACCAAAUCUACGGCCUCGCUAUGUGCCGCGGAGACACCAACGCCUCCGUCUGCCGCUCCUGCCUCAGCAACGCAAUCCAAGACGCCCCCCAGCUCUGCGCGUACAACAAAGGUGCCACCGUCAUCUACGAUGACUGCCUCCUUCGCUACUCCAACCAGCGCUUCUUCUCGACCGUCGAUACCUCGAUGCGGGUGUUCGGGUGGAGCGCCAACAACGUGACCGACCGCAGCCGGUUCGACAAGAUUGUGGACGAGCUUAUGAGCGCGAUCACCAAUUGGGCCGUCUCCAACUCGACGAGGAGGUUCGCCACCGGGCAGAUGGUGAAUUCUACCAAGGCUCCUUUUCCUGAGAUAUAUGGGCUGGUGCAGUGCACACAGGACCUGUCGCCCAGCCAGUGCCAGCAGUGCCUCCAAAGUAUCCUUCAGCCGAGACCAACACAGCUAGAGGGGAAGCAGGGAGGGAGGGUGAUCACAGCGAGCUGCAAUUAUAGGUACGAGACAUACAAGUUCUUCGACGGGGCAGCGACCCUGAGACUUGAGGAGCCGCUGGGGAACACACUGGCGCCAGCCCCCGUAGUGCCUCCACUUAUUAACCCUCCUAAUGAAGAAGGAAAGAAGAAAAAUGCCGUGGGUAUGGUCCUUGCGAUUGCUAUACCUCUAGCAACUGCCUUCGUGCUGAUCUCAAUAAUUUGCAUUUGCUUCUGGAGGAGGAGGAAGCCAGUUGUAAAGUUACCCUUAGAUGGGAGUAGCCUGGAGGAAAUCGCAAGUGCCGAGUCUCUAUUACUUGAUAUAUCCACACUACGACUUGCAACAGCUAACUUCUCCGAAGAGAACAAACUUGGAGAAGGUGGCUUCGGUGCAGUUUACAAGGGACUACUAUCUGAUGGACAAGAAAUAGCAGUCAAGAAGUUAUCAACUAGCUCAUUACAAGGAUUCAGAGAGCUCAGAAAUGAGCUAGUUUUAGUUGCAAAGCUCCAGCACAGGAAUCUUGUAAGGCUUCUGGGUGUUUGCUUGGAAGAACAAGAGAAGUUGCUUGUUUAUGAAUAUGUGCCUAACAGAAGCCUGGACACCAUUCUUUUUGAUCCUGAGAAGCGCGAACAGCUAAACUGGGGGAAAAGGAACAAGAUCAUUGGCGGGAUUGCUCGAGGCCUACUGUACCUACAUGAAGAAUCUCAAUUAAAAAUUAUACAUCGGGAUUUAAAAGCCAGCAAUAUCUUAUUAGAUGCAGAUUUGAACCCAAAGAUUUCAGACUUUGGUUUGGCUAGGCUUUUUGGUAGGGACCAAACUCAGGACAUCACGAGCCGAGUUGUUGGAACAUUUGGGUAUAUGGCACCGGAGUAUGCCAUGCGUGGGCAGUUUUCUAUCAAGUCAGAUGUAUACAGUUUUGGCAUUCUAAUUUUAGAGAUCGUGACAGGCAGAAAGAACAGUGGUUUCUCUAAUUCUGAAUUUGCUCAAGACAUAGUGAACUAUGUCUGGGAGCGGUGGAUCAAAGGAACAAUUUUGGAGAUAUUGGACCCAUCUUUAGGCAACCAUUGCCCAAGGAGUGAAAUGUUAAGAUGUGUUCACAUUGGCCUAUUGUGUGUCCAGGAAAAUCCAUCUGAUAGACCCAACAUGUCACAAGUUGUUGUGAUGCUCAACAGUAACUCUGUGUCUCUCCAGGCUCCUUCUAGACCAGCAUUUUGCAAUGGACAGAGUGGCAUGGAUUCAGGUGAUUAUUCAAAUGAAUAUGAUUUAUCUGAAGGUAUGCAUGACCAAUCUUCAAGCAAGUCAAUACCAGUGUCACCGAAUGAGGUGUCGAUUACAGAACUUGAACCUAGAUAAAUGUAUGAAGGUAAGUAGAAGAAGGUUGAUGAAUAUCUUGAACAAUUAUGGUCUUUGUUCAAAACUAUAAAGCUUUUCUAUUGUGGAUGUAGCACCUGAAUUUUUUAUCAGACUCUCAGAAACACUGGAAAUCCACUGUGUGUGGCUGAUAUCAACCCAUUCUCUUAUAAGAUUACUUGAUUUCCUUUA